AUGAUCUCCGCGAUGAAGAAGGAGCAAGCGGAGGCUAUCGCGGACGCGAGGAAAGAACGCGACGAGACGACGGCGUAUCUCGAGUCGGAUCGCGACACGAAAGUCUCGAAAGCGCUCGCGGAGAAGGAGCGCGAGGUGUCGAAAGCGCUUCGGGAGAAAGAAGCCGCGGUCGCGGCGGCGGAGCACCGCAUGCAAGAGGCGAUCGACGAGGCGAACGAGCGCGUGCAAAAGGCGAUGGACUCCGAGAGAGACGCGCGGUCGAAAAUCGGAGACGUGAAGAAGGCGCUCGAGGCGUCCGAGUCGAACGAACGCCGCGCGCGCGGCGAGGCGGACCGCGCGCUGUCCGAGAUUUCCAUCCUGAAAGAACGCCUCGAGACGUCGCGCGCGCAGUACACGGAGCGCCUCAAGGAGUACAUCCUUCAAGUCGGCGACUUGGAACGAGGCGCGCAGGUGCUCGGCGCGGGGGGCGGGCAGACGAGCGACCACGUGUUACGCCCGAGCCACCUCUACGAAGCCGCGCAAGCGCUCGCGGUCGACUUGCACAAGGCGUCGUCCGAGCAAGUCGCGGACUACAGAAGGCACACGGAGGAGCUCCAGGCGAAGCUCACGAAAGCUCAGCGCGAUUCGAGGGCGUUGCACGCGGGAUACCGAGCGCUGCGGCAUCGCUUCGAGGACCUCUCCCCCGUGGACGUCGGCGAGGGCGUCGUCGAGAUGCAGCACGUCCCGCACGAGGACCAGUUGUGCAUGGACGGCGUCCCGCCGACGCCCGCGGAGGCGCAGGACAUCGACGCGCGCGGCCUCGCGGCGAAGCUCGCGGAUUUGAGGGAGGAAAACGCGCGGCUGAACCAGGCUGUGCGCCUCGCCGCGCUCGACGGCCGCGGCCCGCUCGCGCCGAGCGUGAAGAAGGCGGCGCAGGACACGGACGCGGGGAACGACAUCUUGUUCUUCGACGCGGACGCGACCAAGCCGGACAAGACGAGAGGAAGAGUAGAUUCCUUCAACGACCGCGGCGGAGGGAACAGCGCGGACGGUCGGCAUCACGUCCCGUUGGACAACGAAAACGCGCGCCUCCGCGCGGAGAAUCACAAGCUCUCGCAGAUGCUCGACGGAUUGAAACAAAAGCGACCGGGCACGGGCGAGGAGGAGCUACGACGCGAGAACGCGAAGCUCAAGGUGCAGCUCACGACGAUGGGCAACAUGGACAAAUCGCGCGCGCAGCUCGCGCAGGAGAUUGGCGAUCUGAAGGACCAGCUCGCGCAACUGGAGGCGGCGCAAGCGCGCGGGGGGAACAACCGAACGAACUGGCAAGAGCAGAGAAACGCCAUCAAGGAGUUCACGGAUAAAGUUCAGGCGGACCUCGAACGCGAGAACCGCCAGCUCGCGACGAGAGCGGCGAUGGCGGAGGAGCAGAUCAAAGAGAUCAACGCGUACAUGGCGCAGAGUACUCUGGCGUAUCAAAAGGAAAUCAUGCGGCUGCGGAGCAUCAUCCAGGCGACGGCGCCGGAGCGGUUGAGGACGCCGCUGGGCGGGGCGUUGAAGCCGGGGCAACACGUCGGCGGCGGCGAAGGGUUCGGCGGCGGCGGCGGCGGCGGCGGCGGCGGCGGGUUGGGACCGAAGCCGCCGAGCCAGGCGCCGAGCCAGAGCACGAGCAGACGGUCGUCGCCGAUGACGGAUGCCAACGGAAGAGAGCGGUCCGCGUCGAGAAGGGACAAGUUCGGUCUUUGAUAUGUAUAACUUAUAUAACUUAGUCCUAUC